AUGGCGAGAACACAAUGGCCGUCUCUCGGAGUGGCCGCUCUCCAGAUACUUUCCUUUAGUCUUGUGAACCAGGCACUCGCUCAAUCUUGUGCUGCAAACUAUCCCCCCUCCGCCCCCGUCGCAAGUGCUACUGCAACACUUGGGCCCGUACCAGCGCCAGAUCUCGAUACUUCUGACCCAAUUCAUUUAAUCCCAGCUCCCAAGGUCUCUCUUUACUAUGGCUCCUUGGACUCUGAGCCCUCUACCAAAGCCGCCUCUGGCUCUGUUAACAUGAACCUGGAGCUUAACCAUGACACCGUUGUUUUAGAGUACAUCGACGCUAUAGGCAGUGUCAAGUGCACUGAUGAGUCUGUGACCGUCGCCUUCAAGAACGCUGCUGGCUUCGAAAUAGCCCUCCAAUCUUGGUCAUUGGAAGAGAACCUUAUCCUGAUCACAAACCACCUAGGCAACUGUGAUGCUGAGUUCGAGAGAGGGUUCUUCAAGGUCGACCAGAUAGCCUCGGAUAAGUCCAAUUUGUCAAUCACCUGCAAUGCCUCUAAGCAUCCAAUUGACAAAAUUGCUGAAACCUGCGAGCUUUCUUUCUCGUCAGUGCCAGCGGGCAAACUCGCCAAGCGCCUCACACUCAAUCCCUCCUACAGCAUACCGUUUUCUAAGUCCCUGGCCCACAAUACUGUUCUCCUGAAUGAGCCCCCGUACCUCACUGUUACCGCCGACGAAGCGGCCUUCUCCUCGGAAAUCACCUUCUCUGGCUAUCUGUACUACGACUUUUGGGCCUUCAAGUUGCGGCAACUGUACUUCGACAUCGACGCCGGCUUUUCCGCCGAUGUGGCUCUUAGCGCGCACCUCGCCGCCUCCUACAACAAGUCCUUCACGUACAACCCCUCGGAUCUCACCUACACGCUUGUCAAUAUCCCCGGCAUCGUGCAGCUUGGUCCUGGUGUAGCUUUCGGCCUAGAGAUGGAUUUCAGCGCCUCAGCCGACGUAGAUAUAGCCGCAGGCCUGUCUAUUUCCAUGCCAAAUGGCAAUGUGCAUGUUGACAUUCUGAACAGCGUGAAUACUGUGGCGACUGGAUGGACGCCAACGUACCACCCAUAUGCCAAUAUCUCCGCGCAAGCCAACGUCCAGGCUGAUGCUAGCGCCACCGUGACGGUCGAGAUGGCGCUGAGCUUCCUCGGAGGGCUCAUUGAUCUUAGCAGUGGAUUAACCGCAAAACCGGGAAUUGCCAACACGUUUGUGCUCGAUGCCAAACUCGACACAGAGCAUGCUACAAAUGCUACACGUGUCACAAAUUCUACGGCAACGGGAGUCCCCACGGAUGUGCACGGCGGAGGUAAUCCAUGCGGUGAUGGGGUCAUGGAGCACCACUCUGGUAAAUACGGGGAUUCCACUAUGGGACUUCUGCUACCAAUUUUAAGAUCCGAGAACAAGAAGGCACAUCCACGUGAUCUGACGUGCCCUUGA